CUUAUAGUAAUAAAACAAAAUAUGAUGCUUUAUAUCCAAAAAGUGAUUGCUUACAAAAAAACUAUUUAUUGGUCGAUAGGCCGAUAACAGGUGAUGAAGAUUGUUUGUAUUUAAAUUUAUAUAGACCCAAGGACAAACCUGACGUUAUGAUGCCUGUUUUGGUAUAUUUAUUUGGCGUAGGAUUUUUCUCAAAUUCAAAUUUACCAAAUACUACCGGUCCAUUUUAUAUAUUAGAUCACAACGAUACCAUAAUUAUAACGGUUAGCUAUCGUUUGGGUCCAUUUGGUUUUCUAGCAACUGAUGAUGGUGUCAUACCCGGAAAUUUAGGGUUAAAAGAUCAGAGUGAGGCCCUAAGAUGGGUAUUCAAACAUGCAGAUUCAUUUGGUGGCGAUCGUUUUCGUGUAACAUUAAUGGGACACAGUGCCGGAGCAGUGGCUGCUCAUAUGCACAUGUUUAGCAAGUUAUCGAGUCAUUUAUUUCAUGCCAUUAUAGCAAUAAGUGGUACGGCAAAUGUACCAUUUGCUAUCGACGAAAAUCCCACUCAAACGGCUAGAUUAACAGCUAAAUAUUGUAAUGUAUCUAACUGGGAUACUAUUAACACACAUGAAUUGAAAAAAGCUUUACAAGAGGUAGAUGCACAUACACUGCUUAAUGCCGGAGAUCAUUUAAAAUAUUGGGAUGUCGAUAAUUUGGUCAAUUAUAGACCAGUGAUUGAAGACGAGUCGCCUACCGCGUUCAUAACCAAACAUCCUAAAGAAUAUUUACGUACUGGCCGUUAUUCACCAGUACCCAUAUUGUUUGGACGAGUACCAAAUGAGGGCGGUAUACGGGUUGUUAGCAUAAUGGAAUCAGAGCAAUUAAAAAAUCAAUUCAAUAAUAACUUUACCAAUUUAUUGGCAAAUCUUCAGGAAUAUCCACACUAUUUCACUUCACCGCAGAUAACGAAUAAAACGGGUCUAAUAAUUAAAGAAUAUUUAAAUGAAAGUACAGUUUUAAAUGAUAAUACGAAGCAGGGUUUUAUGAAUCUGCUAACAGAUCGUCUCUUCUAUCAUCCUCUUUAUAAUGCCGUUAAAAUGUAUGUUAAUACUAUCAAUACAGUUAAGUAUCCAGUUUACAUGUACAGUUUCAAUUAUCCCGGAAUCUAUACAUUUGCCGAUAAAUUUGUCAAUCAUGACACCAAAAACAAAUACGGAAUAAUACACGGCGAUGAUUUUUUCUUUAUCUUUUCUACGCAAGCUUAUUUUCCCAUAUAUGCCCACAACUCAACCGAAGCAAAAGCUUUAAAUUUAUAUAUAGAGGAUUUGCUCUAUUUUGCUCACAAUAGAAAACCCAAACAUUCUGUGGAAAAAUGCAAUAAGGUAACAUUUUAUCCCGUUGAGGAUCGUAUAUGCCUGUAUAUGGAAUAUGUUAAAGGACAAUCUGGCGAAUUGAUUGUUAAAAUCACUGAUACAUUUGACACGAAACGUAUGAAAUUUUGGGAUGAUAUUUUGCAUGAAUAA